GGCAACAGCUUCUGUAGAUGGAUAAUGAAGGUUGCUUUAAACUACUGGCUUAAAUACUCAGAGAGGUACAGCUACGGCAGAGCAGAGACCAGCAAGUGCUACAAAAUACCCAAGAACCAGGUGUCCCUAAUAUCAGGAGUCAACCUGUUCCAAAGUCUUGAGAGGUCUCUACAUGAUAAUCUGAAUUAACUACUCCUGAGUUAAAGAAACUGUACUCAACAAUGCUUACUUUCACUCCAAAAUGCUGAGUCUGUAUCCUAGAAGAAGAAAAAAACACAAUAACCAUCCCUGAAUAAUGGCAUAACCGUUAAACAUCUUCCAGCAGAAGCAGAUUGUUAAAGUGCUUGGGAAAAAGUAAAGGAGCUUUAGAUAAAUAGUGACGCUUCUGAGAGGACAGCCUGUGCCUGGAAGGAGAGGCUGAAGGUUCAGAGCUCAGUCUCCCUAGAGGGUGUCAGAAGGAGGUGACAAAGUUACCAGCGCUUACCCUGACCGGGAACGUGUCGCUGGAAGCAGGGACCUGCGGAGGAUCAGCAACGUUGAGGAGGACUUUGGAUUUGAGUAACUGAUCAUCAUGUCUGACCCUGUUGUUCUGCGUAGCAUCAAGAGAUUGGGAGAAGAUAACUGUGCUUUUGACUUGGAUGGUAACAGCUUCAAGAAAUCAGAGAAUUUCUAUGCCUAUGAAGAACCUUCUGAAAAAAAGAAAAGUGAAAAGUCAUCAGAAAAGAAAGAAAAAAUUGUCCGUGUUGGCUUCUUUCAGCUGUUUCGAUUUUCUUCACCUAUGGAAAUUUUAAUGAUGGCUGUUGGUAGUUUCUGUGCUAUUCUUCAUGGAGCAGCCCAGCCAGGCGUGUUGCUUGUGUUUGGUGCAAUGGCAGACACAUUUAUUGAAUAUGACAUUGAAAUGCAAGAGCUUAAAGACCCAGGCAAGAUAUGUGUAAAUAACACCAUAGUGUGGAUUAAUGGUACUGUUCAUCAGAAUGAAAAGAACACCACAAUAAGAUGUGGGCUGCUGGACAUUGAACAAGAAAUGACCAAGUUUGCAGGUUACUAUGCAGGAAUUGGUUGUGCCGUACUUGUGUUAGGAUACCUCCAAAUAUGCUUAUGGGUUAUGGCUGCAGCUCGUCAGACACAGAAAAUCAGGAAAGCGUAUUUCAGGAAAGUAAUGAGAAUGGAUAUAGGCUGGUUUGACUGCACAUCUGUAGGAGAACUGAACACCCGAAUUUCUGAUGAUGUUAACAAAAUUAAUGAGGCUAUUGCUGAUCAAGUGGCAAUCUUCAUCCAGAGAUUAACCACCUUUGUGUGUGGAUUCCUCCUGGGAUUUGUCAGUGGAUGGAAAUUGACCCUUGUUAUCAUUGCAGUCAGUCCCCUGAUUGGAGUUGGAGCAGCUAUCUAUGGCUUGGCUGUGGCAAAACUGACAGGCCGAGAACUAAAGGCUUAUGCAAAAGCUGGGGCUGUGGCUGACGAAGUGCUCUCAUCCAUCAGAACAGUGGCUGCUUUUGGCGGGGAGAGGAAAGAGGUCGAAAGAUAUGAUAAGAAUCUGGUGUUUGCUCAGCACUGGGGGAUUCGAAAAGGAAUAAUAAUGGGAUUAUUCACUGGUUACAUGUGGUUUGUAAUUUUCCUGUGCUACGCGUUAGCCUUUUGGUAUGGCUCUAAACUUGUCCUUGAAGAAGAUGAAUAUUCACCUGGCACUCUUCUACAGGUUUUCUUUGGUGUUUUAGUAGGAGCUUUAAAUCUUGGUCAGGCAUCUCCCUGCCUAGAAGCCUUUGCCACUGGCCGUGGGGCUGCAACAGACAUUUUUGAGACAAUAGAUAAAAAACCCACCAUUGACUGCAUGUCAGAAGAUGGCUACAAGCUGGAUAAAGUAAGAGGUGAAAUUGAAUUUCAUAAUGUAACAUUCCAUUAUCCCUCCAGACCUGACGUAAAGAUUUUGGAUAACCUUAAUAUGGUUAUUAAAGCAGGGGAGACAACAGCUUUUGUUGGAGCUAGUGGAGCUGGAAAAAGUACAACAAUACAGCUCAUCCAGCGUUUCUAUGACCCCACUGAUGGCAUGAUUACUCUGGAUGGCCAUGACAUUCGCUCCCUUAAUAUCCAGUGGCUACGCUCACAGAUUGGUAUUGUUGAGCAAGAGCCAGUGCUGUUUGCUACCACGAUUGCAGAGAACAUUCGCUAUGGUCGGGAUGAGGCUACCAUGGAUGACAUAAUCAAAGCAGCCAAACAAGCCAAUGCUUACAAGUUCAUCAUGGACUUGCCACAGCAAUUUGACACUCAUGUUGGAGAGGGUGGAAGCCAGAUGAGUGGAGGUCAAAAGCAGAGGAUAGCUAUUGCCCGAGCCCUUGUGCGAAACCCAAAAAUCCUGCUACUGGAUAUGGCUACUUCAGCACUUGAUAAUGAAAGUGAAGCUAUUGUCCAAGAAGCACUUCAUAAGGCUCGCCUCGGCCGCACAUCGAUCUCAAUAGCUCACCGCCUGUCAACCAUCAAAGCUGCCGAUGUCAUCAUUGGAUUUGAGCAUGGAAGGGCUGUGGAGAGAGGAACUCAUGAGGAACUCAUGAAGAGAAAAGGGGUUUAUUUCAUGUUGGUGACCUUGCAGAGCAAAGGAGACGCAGCACUUACUAGAGCAGCAACAGAAACAACAGAAAAUAACAUUGAGCCAAAUCUUGAGAAAAUCCAGUCAUUCAGCAGAGGAAGCUAUCGGGCCAGUUUGCGAGCUUCACUUCGGCAGCGGUCCAGAUCUCAGCUCUCCAAUGUCAUCCCCGACCCUCCAUUAUCCAUUGCAGGAGAUCAGGCAGAGUCUGUGUAUCUUAUGUCUUCAUAUGGAGAAGAUGAUGGACAAACAAAAAAGGAACCUGUUGUUGUGGAGGAAGACAUCAAGCCUGUACCAUUUACCAGGAUUUUGAAAUACAAUGCCUCUGAAUGGCCAUACAUGGUGCUGGGAUCUCUGGGAGCAGCUGUGAAUGGAGCAGUCAGUCCUCUCUACGCUUUGUUAUUCAGUCAGAUUCUUGGGGAGCUGUUGGUAGUGGGUUUCUGCACACACGCAGGAUUUAUUUUAGGUGAGACAAGCUAUACCUUGCAUCCAGGUACAGUGAGGAGGGACACCUGCAGAGGUCCCUCCAUGCAGCAUUUCAUUCUGCAGUCUUGGUCAAGCCUUUAAGAAAGCUUUGGAUCAGACCCCCAAAAUACUUCACAUUUUUCUUCGUAUUUCAUUACAGGAACAUUCAGCUCUUUGCUGUCUGCUCCCUGCAGAAAGCCCAGGGAGAGAUAGAUCAUUGUAACAGGUUUCAUACCUGCCAGCAGAAAGUAGAUUUGCAUCAACAAGUAUGAAAGAAGCAGGAAACAGGAAUGUGUUUUUAAACCUUGUCAUUCGCUAAGGAAUGUGUUACCAUCAAGCCUCGCUUGAAACUUUUCAAGAGUUCAACUGUGUCUGUUUUUUCCUUCAAACACUUGCUGGAAUAGAAAGAGAGAAUGCUUCCUCCUUUUGUAAAACAGCUUUUUGGGGAAAACAUUUGCCAAGUUAUUUUGAAACUGGAGAGCUGCUGAAGGAAUUCAGCACUGCUGUAACCAAUGCCCAGGAAAGUGCCCUAAAUUGUCAAGAAUCAGGAGGAUUUAUGCUGUUUCUUAUUGGGUAAAGUAAUGACAAAUUCACUGGGAAGAAAAUGGGAAUGCUAGUGUGGUUUAGUGGUUUAGGUAACUACCUGAGAGAGGGUAAAACUUGUGUUGCAAUCCCCAUUUAUUUGUUUAGGUCAUGUUAGGUAUCUAUGUGUACAAAGAAUGUAGGAUCUAAGGGGUAGACAUGCCUCUAGAAACUGGAGGUUUCACUGUUGUUUUCCGUGGGGUGCGGUGGAGUAGGUGGGUGUUUUGGCUUUGGUGUUCCUCUCCAGGAAGUUACUAAGGCUGUCCCUGAUGAUCCACUUAGUGGCUCCUGGCCAAUACGCUAUGGCCUUUUAGCCUCAGGUCUGCUGUCUCCAAACAUUUGUUGUCUAGACCUCAUGCUAAGGACUGUGAAUUUCACUAGGCAGCAGGUGAGGCACUGCUUUGUGUAGUCUGCAAUGAAUCUAACCUUUGACUCCUUUUGAGAGCUAGGUUUUCUAAACACUGGGAGGUCAGGGCCUCAAGUCAUCCUUCAAGAUGCUGAAUGCCUUUAUUGCCAAGGAUGCAUUCCUCCUCUUGAAGGUCCGAGUUCAUGGAAAUAAAGGCUGCAAGAAAAAACAAGCCACAACCAACAUGAGCAAAGUCCAACAUCUGUGUUUUAUUAUUCAUAAACUUAAGAAAUUUCUGCCUGCUGCCAAGGAAGGCAGGCAGAUGGAACAUGCAUCUGCUUUCCAAGCUGUUUGACUAUCUGCAGUGAUGUUGUGACAGACAUGUGGGCCUGUACUCUGGGAGCAAUACACCGGAGAAGUGAGGGGAAAAAUCCCCACAGCUAUAAAAUGAAAGAGUAAAUUUAGCAGAGUCUGCCUUGAAGGUGCUCAGAAAUUAGUCUCCAAAAGUCAGUGAAGAGCUGGAUAAUACUGGAUAUGUCUUUUUAGCUGUUCAGUUCAGAUCAGAAGUGUACCUGUGAAACAUGUUUCUCAGUUGUUUCUUCCUUCUGUGCUUUGGUUCCCAUUGUGGAACUGUCUGAUUAUGGGAAAUCAAUCAUUUGCUAGCAAAACUUAGGUGUGUUCCAAGGUGUGUUCCAACUGUUUGCAAUACAGAGAUCUCUUUCCAAACAAUGUUAUCCUGGACUGCUGCAUUCAACUCUAAGGCCCCCAGCACAAGAAGGACAUGGACGUAUUUGAACAAGUCCAGAGGAGGGCCACAAAGAUGAUCAAAGGGCUGCAGCAACUCUCCUCUGAAGGACUGGCUGAGGGAGUUGGGGUUGUUCAGCCUGGAGAACAGAAACAGUACCUUAGGACUAUAAUUAACAUCACAUACACAUUAACAAAUGUAUGCGAUGAUGAGUAGUUACUCUGCUGGUUAUGUGUUAUGCUAACAAUAUGUGUGACAUGACCAUUACAAUGAAGUGCAUUUUACCUUCCUGUCUAGAUAGUGCAUACCAUGGUGAUACUAAAAAUACUGUUACAACAAUUCUCAAAUCCAGAAUUCUUGCAGGACACAGUUUACCCGUUCACGGUUCAUCUGUUCACCUUUGUAUGCUUCAUUCGGUCCAAUUGUUUAAAUAGAACAUGUGAUGGAAAGAAAACUAUGCUGUAUCUUUUCUAGAUACAUAAGUUACAAAGACAGUUGAAAGUUGCUCACAACCUGUUCAAAUCAGGAUGAAACAAACUACUGAAGCUACAGUGAAUUUCAUUAAGGGGAUAGGAAAAGCAGCAGACUACUGUAUGUUUUGUUCUUAUUAUGAUGGAUUAAAAUAAGAGCUUUGCAUCAGAGUGUAUCUGGUGACUUUCUUCAAACAAAGAUUAGUCUGACAAAGUAAUAUGCCUUGCUAGUGAAAAGUAGUAUCACAGCACGGCACUGGAGCAGACCUUAGCUUGGAUUGCUAAGUGCUGUUUAGAUAUUAUCAUUCUGGAUUUUGCAGGAUUUAUUUUGCUGCCAAGGUACUUAUGUACAAAGUUAAAAGCACUUUAAGUAGAAUUCCCAAUAGAGAACAGCUAUUUGUUUUUCUCAAAUUCAGGCUCUAAUUCCUCACUGUUACUUUAAUGUGUGGAUCACUUUGAACACUAAAUAACUUGGGUUGACCUUUUAAGAUAGGAGUUAAGUUUAUUUUUGUGGAAAUUUUGUACAUUGCAGCUGUAAUGAAAAUUUCUUAUUCUCUUUCUAAUGUUAGCUACUAACCUAGAAGAGUUUAAGAUAGUUUUGAUGUAAGUAAAGCUCAAAUGCACAAUUUAUUUUUAACUACAUAGGGAGCAGGCUGAGAAGUUGAGAUGGGAGGCAAUUUAUCACAGUUUUUACCUGUGAAAUCCAAUUAGAAUGAAUUUAACAUUAGCAGAGAAGUACAAACAUGAACUGUGGCUUAUACCUGUGAGUAGCAGAAGUAGUUCAACAACUGCAGAUAAGUUAACUGACCUACAUAUCAACUGCUGUGAGUGGAAGUAAUUGCUAAAAGAUGGCUUCUUAGAUUUGUACCACUACUUCAGCAGCAGCCAGUAACACCAACAGUUGUUGAAGAAGACCAGAUAUAAAGAACAGCUGAUAAAAGAAAAAUUUCAUGGAGGUUGGAGCAGGGCAGGAUGGAGGGGCUGUACUUUAAGCUCUAAUGCUUUUUCUUAAGUACUCAGCAAUAAACACGUAUCCACACUCCUUCAGUAGAAAACAAUAGGUUCCUCUUGAAGCCUACCUACAGCAAGCACAUCUUUAGUGUUGUGCAAGGAGAGUCAUCCUAAAGUGUAAUGACUUAUGAGUGCUUUAUUUCAUAUGGCCCAGUAAAGUUCAAAUUGUCAUAGAUUAGAGAGGAGGUCAGGGAGCUGCUGCAGCGUCUCUUUGUCCCUACGUUAUUUAUUUUAUUGCUAUUCUGGUUAUCAGCCAAUACUGGGGGGAGAGGAAUGCGAUUGAUAAUUAUAACUAUGCAUGGACAGCAAAUAAUCUCAGUCUAUGUAGACACCGAAUAUAAUAAACUUGUUGUUUAACAGCAGUAUGCUGUACCCAGGCUUACCCUAGGGAAGUAAGUGGGCAUUUAUUAGGGGUGAAGGAGAGCCCUGUGUUACGGCUUUGGUUCUAGGCAGGGCUUCUGCAUUUGACAAGAAGAAGUCGUGAAUUAAUGGUUCUGGAAACAGGGAAGAACACACAGAUACUUCUCCUCCUGGAGACACAUUUCUGCUCAAAGGCAGCAGAAUAACAUUUCCUUUUGUCCUCUCUCCUUCUGGACAGACUCUGAGCCAGAGAAGAGUAGUAUGCACCCAGGUUGCCUGUCCUUGAGCCAUAGAGGCCAGAUGUGGUCCUGUCUCUUUGAAGAGGGGGGACUCAGCCGGGGACUUCCUUUGGUGUUGUCCUUCCUUCUUCACCUGUACCUAAACUGACACUUCUAAUAUUACACCAUGCAUUUCUUUCAAAGACCUUCUCCGUUCUUGAUGAAGAAGAACAAAAAACCCAGAUCAAUGGUGUCUGCCUGCUCUUUGUCUUCAUUGGACUUCUUUCAUUUUUAACACAGUUUUUACAGGUAAUAGCAGUG